AUGGGUAAAAAAAAUAACAAACUUUUAAAUAAAAUAUAUAGUCAACCAUUACCAAUUACGUUAACUUCUAGCAAGUAUAAUGUUUCACUACCCAACUUGUAUCCCCAUAAUCCAAUUUCAUGGAUUUGGUAUAUGAUAAGGUAUUGUCAAAUAAAUAUAGUUUAUCAAGUACCAGAAUUAGACAAUCCACCUCUCUCUGUGAUUUACGAGAAUCAAAUUUUCAAAGUCAUUGAUCCCGAAUCCAUGCUCAAAUUAUGGAGACAAGGUUUCUUUGGGAAGGGAAUAUUAUCCAGAUCUGAACCAACAUGGGAGAAACGUACAAUCACCAGGUUGAAUUUAGAUAAAGCCAAUAGUGGUAAAGAUUUGGCAAUGGAAGACAUUACUAAAAAGAGACGUGAAGAGCGAAAGUUUUUCAAAUUGGAGCGUGCUAGAUUUCAAGAAUUAGAAUUGAAGAAAAGACAGGGUAUAAUUACUGAGAAGGAGGUGGAUGAAAUGAACAAGUUAGAAUCUCAAUUGACUGAAUUACGGAAAACUCAAGUUAGAUUUGAUAAACUGGAAAAUGGUGAGGUAAAUGAAGUUCAUAUCAGAGACGAGGAUGAGGACAUAAUAACUGAAAAUGGGGAAUUGUUGCCCUUGGAGUUUUUACAAUUGCAAGAAGUUGAAGCAUUCUUUUUAAAGUUUGCUUUGCAAAGAGUUGAUAUCGUUAAUGUUGAUUCACUUUUAGAUUUAUUCUAUAAAUGCUGUUCACACCAUAGCUUUUCGGCCAUUCCUACUUCAAAUAACCAAUUCGUUAUUGAAUACAUUGCAUAUCAUUAUUUCCGAACUAAUGGUUGGUGUGUUCGGUCAGGUAUCAAAUUUGGUACAGACUUCUUACUAUACAAGCGUGGUCCUCCGUUUACACAUGCAGAAUUUUGUGUUUUGGUCAUGACAAAGGAUUCUAAAUACGAUUGGUUCCAGAUUGCUGCUAAAGCCAGAGUCAUAGGAAGUGUGAAAAAAACAUUUGUUCUAUGCUAUAUAGAUUAUCCAACUCAAGAAGAAUUUGAUCAUAUAUUGCAGAAACAGCAUGAAAAAGAUAUUGACCAUGGUUUAUUGUUGAAAGAAUUACUAAACAAAUACAAAAUUUCGGAAGUAAUUUAUAAACGUUGGAAUCCUAGCCGGACUAGAGAUUGA